UUUUUAUUUUUUUUUACUUUACUUUUCUUUUUCUCAAUUUCCAAUUCCAAUUCUCUUCCCUUGCCCCCCUUGCCACCAUACCCAAAAGACAGCAAUGAGCAAUGGAAACAGUCAAUUUACACAAAGACAAACCCCCUGAUAUACUGAGCCCAGCUUUGUCCGCCAUUGUCUCAAUCGUUUGUCUCUUGUCCAGAUGAAAAUAGGUCCGUCCGAUCGAACAAUAAACCGAACACAAGUAACAAGGCCGCUUGUAAAAACGUAAAUCGCACCUCUUUGUUCGGUGUCUAUUGUAUAUGCAGGCCAAGCUGCCGCCUUCAGACCUCGAAUUCAAAGGAUCUUUAUUCUGCAUGGGUGCCGACGAGCUCUUUGUCGCCAUGUCGAGAAUUUCCCAGUGGUCGGUCGUUAUGCUUCGCCGAUUCAACAAUCGUGUCUUGAUCGUUAUAAAGGCUGAAGUCCAUCAGACUGCAGAUGGAAAAUCCAAGCACCACACGCAGCAUCACCACGCAUCCCGGUCCAGCAGCCCCUUUAUCGGUUCUCUCUCCCCAUCAGAUUCCAAUAUCCCAACAAGACAUCGGUCGAUCUCCAGCGAACUCGGUUCAAAUGACACCCGCAAAGGCGCCGACGCACACCCCGGGCAAAUCUGCCGUCGCGAAACACAACUCGAAGAAGGGUCAGACUUCGGGCGCCCAGGUGCGUCCGGCCCCGCAAGCUCACGGCCCCAACCGGCGACACACCCGCGCCUCAGCCCGAGCGACCGGCGAAGAAGUAGUCCAGGGCCUGGACCAGCGCGGACGGCCACCCCCCGAGGCGUUCCAGGUCGUGGGGAUACCCGGAGCACAGGAGGAAGAGGUGAUGAUGCCGCCGGGAGAGACACAUCAUCCUCCGUCCACACCUUCUCCUCCCCCUAGUCUCGCCUCAUCUGCCAGGUUCUCCGCCAAUAUGUCCCCUUCACCCCCGUGGGCCUUGGCUACUCCGCCCAGGUCUUCCACCCUUUCAUCUUCGGCCCCAUCGAUUUUCUCUCUGCCAUCCCGCUCUUCAAGUGAAUCAGCCCCGACUUCUCUCUCUGGAUCGUCCACAUCCGCGACUUGGACCUCGACCUAUACGACGUCGUCGUCUUCGGGUCAGGGGGUGUAUUCCCCAUCUGUUUCGAGUACCGUGUCGCUCUCGGCAUCCCAGCCGGAAGCAGAUACUCUGCCAACAUGAUUCGAAGUUGCCAGAGAAGAUUCGUAGCGAUAGGGGUGGACCGUAAGAAGAUUCGUAUUUGUUCCGGACAGAGUCCGAAUUCUCAGGUGGCAGUUGAAAGGAUCAGUGACCCGGAUACGGAGCGCAAGGGGUGCCGGUAUGCACAUAUGCCUGUACCAAGAACCACUGUGUAAAUGAAUGAUAAAAGGUAGCCGCAUUCUCUUUCAUGGCCGGUUGGAAAGCACCUCAAAGGUGAGCGGGGCAAGCGGAUAUUUCGGGGUUUUGAUAGCCCAAGAAUCGUAAAAUCG